UUCUUAGUAUAUUCAAACGAAAGUAAAAAACAAAGAAGAAAAAGAAAAACAAGACAAAUUUUAUAUUUAUUUUUUGUUCUUUGGAAGUACACUCAUACCAUACCAAGGGAAAGUUACCAUAAUACGAAUGCAAGUAACAACAGAAGUACAAGAAAAAUUGCGACACAAACAAACAAAGAAGACUCCAUGAAUCUAUCAAAAAAAAUAUAUAAAAAAAAUAUUAAAAAGUAAAAAAUCAAAAUAAAAAAAUAUACAUAAUUAAAAGGAAAAUAAUAACGUUAUGGAUUAUGUGUAUUGUGGUGCCGAUACAAUCGGGCCACCAGCAGAUGACAUGCUAAAUGUGUAUGAUGGUGGUGGCCAACGUAGCAAUAAUCACUAUUCACCCAAUUUUCCCGGCUUUAAUUUGGGUUCCGGUGAUGCGGACUACAUGGAACUGGUGCCCAUUUUGGCAGACGGUGGCGAGAAUUUUGGUGUAUCUGCGUUGGCAUUCGAUAACUAUGAAGAGCUUUUAUGGAUGGGCAAUCAAGGGGGUCAUGUCACCUCUUAUUUUAGCAGUAAUCUGCAAAAGUACACAUCCUUUCAGGUUCAUCCCUCAGAUAUAGUGCGUCAAAUUACCACCAUAGAAUCGGGCAUAUUAGCAUUAACGCAAACGUCUUUAAGACAUCAAAUACGACGUGGCAUUCCAAAAUAUACACAUAAAUCGAAAAAUAUGUCCGAAAUGGUUUGCAUGCAACAGUUGUCACCGCAUCGUUUGAUUAUGGCCGGUUUGCAAGAUGAACUGAUCGAUUUUGAUUUAAGGACUUUAAAGGAAACUAAUUUGGAACAUGUUGGUUCAGCUGGCUGCACGGUAUUGCGUCAAAAUUCACGUUUUCUCUUCGCCGGUGAUCCCUACGGUACCGUUACUUUGCGCGACUUAAAUUCUCUCCAUAUCGAACACACCAUCAAGACCCAUACUGGCAGUUUAUCUGAUUUUGAUGUGCAAGGCAAUUAUCUAAUAUCAUGUGGCUAUAGUGGACGUCAAGGAACUUUAGCGGUUGAUCGUUUUCUAAUGGUCUACGAUUUGCGCAUGUUGCGUCUGGUAUCACCCAUACAAGUUCUCAUCGAUCCACAACUUAUAAAGUUUUUACCCUCGCAAGCUUCUCGUUUGGCGGUCGUUUCUAGCUAUGGUCAGGUGCAAUUGGUCGAUACGGUGGAGUUAAGUGAACCGCGUGUGUCCAUGUAUCAGAUGAAUACCUCGGGCAGCCAGUGUUUGUUAAGCUUUGACGUCAGUUCUUCGUCCCAAGUUAUGGCGUUUGGUGAUCAAUCCGGUCACAUUAGUAUCAUAGCAGCCGUUAAUAGCCCCCAGCCGCAAUUCAAUAGCUUUUCGCGAGAUACGGAAUUUGCCGAUCCGGUGCCCCAGUUGCCCAUAGUACCCAUAACGGACACCACAUUCCCUCUGUCUUCUAUAGUAUUGCCGCAUUUGGUAACAGGUUCACGUUGGUUCUCCGACUGGCCCACAGAAUUGCUGCGCUAUCAAUAUCGCCGGCCCAAACCCAUCGAACAAGAUGUUUUGAAUAAUAUGAAAAUGCAAGGACCCAUAGGCUAUUCGCCCAAUCCGCGCACCUUAAGACGUAAUCAAAUACCCUACGUUUUGGAGAAUGGGGCAGGCAUGGUGUCGGGCAGUGGUAAUGGUCUUAAUAAUGCUGUCAAAUCCUCCGAUUCGGGGGUUAAGAUAAUACCCAGACGUUAUCGCAAAGUCGAGUUAAAAUAUACGAAAUUGGGUACACAAGAUUUUGAUUUUGAGCAACACAAUCAAACAUGUUUUGCCGGCCUCGAGGCUACAUUGCCAAAUUCAUAUUGUAAUGCAAUGUUGCAGAUUUUAUAUUUCAUUGAACCGUUGCGCCAGAAAUUAUUGAAUCAUAGUUGUGCCAAGGAGUUUUGUUUAUCUUGUGAAUUGGGUUUUCUGUUCUAUAUGUUGGAUAAAAGUAGCGCUUCAUCACCUUGCCAGGCCAGCAAUUUCUUAAGAUCUUUUCGUACUGUACCCGAAGCUUCUGCUCUGGGUCUUAUUUUAUCCGAUAGAUCAUCAAAUAUUAAUUUAAUUAGUUUAAUACAGAAUUGGAAUCGUUUCAUUUUGCAUCAAAUGCAUUAUGAAAAUUUGGAUUCUCAUAAAAAUAGCCAUGUUUGUGGUGUACAAUUUGUGGGCCAUAGUUAUGGCAAACAACAGUUUAUAUCGUAUCCAGAUGAAUCAAAUGCUGAUUUAACUAAAACUGGUGCUGAUAUAUUCCAAGCAAUCGAUGUUAAACAGGAUGAAACCAACCGCGAAGAUGAGCGUGAACGUAGUAAAAUAAAUGAGGAAACGGAAAUUAGCCGCCUUUUUGGUACCAAACAAAUCAGCAUCAAUCGUUGCCUCAAGUGUAAUGAGGAGAAAUCAAAACACAGCAUUUUAUUGACCUGUAAUCUGACGUAUCCACCAACAGCUAAAGAAACGCCAGAAUUUAUGAAUUUUGGCAGCAUACUCAAGGGUUCAUUGGGCUGCGAGAAGGGCAUACAAGCGUUUUGUGAAAAUUGUAAAAAGUUUUCGCCCUCCAAACAAACAGUUAAGGUAACUGGACUUCCUCAACUACUAACCGUUAAUUGUGGCCUAAAUAAUGAAAAAGAUUUAACAUUCUUGCGCAAACAAUUGAAUCGCAACAACAAUCCUACCAUGUCUGAGAGCCCGGCCACUUUGAAUACCAAUAAACCUUGUCGUUAUGGCACAAAUUGUUCUCGCAGCGAUUGUCAUUUUGUUCAUCCCGACCGCAAGUCACCCACAGUGACUUCUACAAGCCAGACCACAAAUAUUUCACCCAGUGGUAGACAAAACUCCUGGUUUCCACUGUCAUUCUCUAUGGCUAUCAAUGAGCAGGGUGAACUUAGCGUGCAAACAGACAAUAGCAAUACCAAGACCGAUAAUGGCAAGAUUGCGGAGGCUGCUUUAGGGAUACAAGCUACUAACCAGGAACAAGCCUCAACUGCUAAAUCUUUAAAUACCAAUGAAACGUUUCGGGAAUAUGCUCUACAUGCCGUGGUUUGUCAAAUUGACGAUGGCAGUCAAAAGAAUUUGGUUUCUUUGAUAAAUGUCAGCAAAAAGUAUCAUACCAUGAAAACAGGCAGUGGUAGCUUUGGCGAAGAUCAGGAACAGUGGUAUAUAUUUAAUGAUUUCAGCAUUUCACCGGUAUCAAAUCAGGAAUCUGUAUGGUUUACCUUAGAUUGGAAAGUGCCUUGUGUGUUAUUUUACAGUAGUAUAAAUUCAGAGAAAUCUGAAUAUGAGGGUAUAUUUUCCGAAGAUUUUGAAAUACCACACAAUGAACCACAGCCUCUAUUUAAUCCCUUUAUAAAAGAUAUUGUUAAUCCUGCACAUCCACUAAAUCCUGCUGAUACAUUAUUUAAACCAUUGCAAGCGAAUGAAAUGCCGCAGGCUGGUGAUUUGGUUGCUAUGGAUGCUGAGUUUGUCACCCUAAAUCCCGAAGAGAAUGAAAUACGUCCGGAUGGCAAAACAGCAACCAUAAAACCAUGUCACAUGAGCGUUGCGCGUAUUUCAUGUAUACGUGGACAAGGUCCCGAUGAAGGUAUACCCUUUAUGGAUGAUUACAUAUCAACCCAAGAAAAAGUUGUGGAUUAUUUAACACAGUUCUCGGGCAUUAAACCGGGCGACUUGGAUGCAAAUUUCAGCAGCAAACGUUUGACGGCCCUCAAGAAUUCAUAUCAAAAACUUAAAUAUUUAGUAGAUGUGGGUGUUUUAUUUGUGGGCCAUGGCCUAAAAAAUGAUUUCCGAGUCAUCAACAUUUAUGUACCUUCCGAGCAAAUUAUUGACACUGUUCACUUGUUCCAUUUGCCUCACCAUCGUAUGGUGUCUUUAAGAUUUUUAGCUUGGCAUUUUCUCGGCACCAAAAUACAAUCCGAGACCCAUGAUUCUGUGGAAGAUGCUCGCACCACUCUACAGCUGUACAAACACUAUUUACAAUUGCAAGCUGAAAAGAAAUUCACUGCCGCCUUGAAAAAUCUCUACGAUCGUGGCAAACAAUUGCAAUGGAAAGUACCCGAAGAUUGAAGUUGACAUAAGUAUAAACAACAGCAAAACAACAAAAGCAAGCAGCAUUUAAUCUAAAUUACAAAUCAUAUGAUGAAAAAAAUACCGUCGUUUUUACAAAAUAACAAAUAAAAAAAAAAUUAUUAGAAAAAAGAAAAAAAAAAACAAAGUACAAACUGACACCGAACCGUGAGCAAAAAAAGUUUUACCAUUUUAAAUGACCAGACCCCUUUUAGUGAUGAUUAUUUUGUUUCAGACUUUACACAAAACUUUAUAUAUACUAUUAUAUUCUAUUGAUUGUAUUUUGUUAGAUUUUUGUUUUAGACAUUUUAUAUUACAAAAAAAAAACACACCGCAAUUACACACACAAAUAAUAAUGUCCGCAAAUGAAAAAAAGUCGCUCAAUAUGUUUUAAAAAGAGAAAAUGAGAACACGAUUUAAAAAAAAAAUCCCUAAAUAAAUUUAUUUAAAAAAAAUCAAAGGACAUACAAAAAAUUAAAAAGAAAACAAUUAAAAAAAAUAUAUAUAUUUUUGAAAAAAUUAAAAUAAAAAAAAAUAAUAAAGCAAAUUUUUAAAAAUAAUUAUAAAA